AUGCAGAAUGCUGGCAGUGAUGACGAUUUACUCGAAUGGUAUCCAUCACAAGUAAAAGGACCAGUUGAUGAUGAAGUACAGGAAGCGGAUUUAAUAUCAACUAUUGAAUUUAAUGAAAAUGGUGAAUUAUUAGCAGUUGGUGAUAAAGGUGGAAGAAUUGUUGUAUUUCAACGUGAACAACAAACAAAAACAUCACCACGUCGUAAUGAAUAUAAUGUUUAUAUAACAUUUCAUUCGCAUGAACCGGAAUUUGAUUAUUUAAAAAGUUUGGAAAUUGAAGAAAAAAUUAAUCAGAUACGUUGGCUUAAAAGAAAAAAUCCUGCACAUUUUCUGCUUUCAACAAAUGACAAAACAGUUAAAUUAUGGAAAAUAUCCGAAAAAACUAAACGAGCUGAAGGUUUUAAUUUACGUGAUGAUAAUGGAAUAAUACGUUCGACAAAUAGUAUAACAAAUUUACGUAUACCAAUAAUUAAACCAAUGGAAUUAAUGGUUGAAGCAACACCAAAACGUGUAUUUAGUAAUGCACAUACAUACCAUAUUAAUUCAAUAUCAUUAAAUAGUGAUCAAGAAACAUUUUUAUCUGCUGAUGAUUUACGUAUUAAUUUAUGGCAUACUGAAGUAACAAAUCAAAGUUUUAAUAUUGUGGAUAUAAAACCACCAAAUAUGGAAGAUCUUACUGAAGUGAUAACAGGUGCAGAAUUUCAUCCACGCGAAUGCAAUCUUUUUGUAUACAGUAGUUCAAGAGGUAUAAUACGUCUUUGCGAUAUGCGACAAUCAGCACUUUGUGAUCGGCAUUGUAAAAUUUUUGAAGAACCUGAAGAUCCAACAACACGUAGUUUCUUUUCUGAAAUAAUUUCAUCAAUAAGUGACAUUAAAUUUAGUCAUUCAGGCAGAUAUAUGCUUACAAGAGAUUUUCUUAAUCUUAAAGUAUGGGAUUUACAAAUGGAUAAUAGACCAGUUGAAACAUAUCCUAUACAUGAAUAUCUUCGAACGAAAUUAUGUGCUUUAUAUGAAAAUGAUUGUAUUUUUGAUAAAUUUGAAUGUUGUUGGUCACCACGUGAUAAUCAUUUACUCACUGGUUCUUAUCAUAACUUAUUUAAAAUAACAUCACGUUUAACACGUAAAGAUGCAAUAUUUGAAGCAUCACGUGAACAAGCUAUUCGACCACGACAAUUAUUAAAAGCUAAAAAAGUUAUGCCAUCAGCUCGUCGAAAUCGUCGUGAUGAAAUUAAUACGGAUACUUUAGAAUUUUCAAAAAAAAUUCUUCACUGUGCUUAUCAUCCAACAGACAAUAUUAUUGCUAUAGCUACUGCACACAAUCUUUUUACAUAUAUAGCAAAAGAUUCAUCAUCAUUAUCAUCGUAG